AUGGAGUCGGACCACUCUCUUUUCACACGCUAUUCUCCUUAUAACCCACCUUUAACCGUAAAACUUGCCAAUAAUGAUGUCAUUUUCGCUCUGGGCUGGGGGGUCAUAAGGUUAAUGAUCAACAAUGGUGCAACAUGGGAGCCUAUUGAGCUACCAUUCUUACAUGUUCCUGAUCUACGAUGCACUUUGAUAUCUGUUUCAGCGCUCACAUCAGAGGGUGUUUUCUUUGAAACUGACGCCAAAGGAGCUGGCAUGCACCAUGCGGAUGGCACCACUAUUGCGCAAGUAGAUUGCAUCGAUGGACUGUACUAUCUUCGCGCGAAG